AUGGCUGCCGUCGUCGCCUCCCACACCGUUGCGGCUGUUGCUAGCUCCGUCGUGAGCAAGUCUGCCUUCUCCGGCAAGAAGGUUCGCUCCGUCAAGGUCGCUGCUGCUCCCCAGAAGGUUGCAUUCAGCGUCUCCGCAGAUGCCGACAGGCCCCUGUGGUUCCCUGGCAGCACCCCUCCCGCUCACCUUGACGGCACCUAUGCUGCUGACUUCGGCUUCGAUCCCCUUGGCCUUGCCUCCGACGAUGUCAACUGGUACGUCCAGGCUGAGCUCGUCCACUGCCGCUGGGCCAUGCUCGGUGCCGCUGGCGUUCUGAUCCCCGACGCUCUCCGCGUUGCUGGUCUCCUCGACAUUCCCCGCUGGGACAUCGCGGGCGUCGCCGACUACGGCAUUGACUGGCGUGUGCUGCUGGCUGUUGAGAUCGCCGCUUUCGGCUGGGCUGAGGGCAACCGCUGGGCUGACAUCAUCAAGCCUGGAUCCGUGAGCGAGGACCCCAUCUUCAAGGGCAACAAGGUGAAGGGUACCGAUGUUGGCUACCCCGGCUUCGACCCCCUCGGCAUGGGCUUCGGUUCACCCGCUUACGUGAAGGAGAUCCGCUCCAAGGAGAUCAGGAACGGCCGAUUGGCUAUGCUUGCUAACCUUGGCUUUUGGGCCCAGGCUGCUUACACCGAUGCCAGCCCCGUCGAGAACCUGUUGAACCACCUCGAGAACCCCGGCUUCAACAACUUCGCGCACAACGCCAUGUCUGUGUUCUAUUGA